AUGGCGGUUAAAGACCUGGCGGGGCUUCUAGCGGUUGACGACGGGGAUAUAGUGCGCGCGCUGUUCAUGAAGGGCGUUAUAACGAACGUGAAUCAGGUUCUUAACGAGGAUAUGGUGGCGGUGGUGUGCGGGGAGUUUGGGGUGGAGGUGCUGGGGCCGCAGGAGGGCGGCGUGGAGGAAAGUGCGAGGAAGGUUCGUGAGUUUGUGGGGGAGGAGGAUCGGGAGCAUCUGGUGCCGCGGCCUCCUGUGGUCACUGUGAUGGGUCAUGUUGACCAUGGCAAGGCCUUUAGCGCUAUGCGCGCCCGGGGUGCACGUGUGACGGACAUAGCAGUGGUGGUGGUGGCAGCAGACGAUGGGGUCAUGCCUCAGACCACCGAGGCCAUCGCCCAUGCGCGUGCUGCCAACGUUCCCAUGCUCAUCGCUAUCAACAAGAUUGACCGGGAGGGAGCGAGUGUGGAGAGGGUGAAGCAGCAGCUGGGGCAAGCAGGGGUGUUGCCAGAGGAAUGGGGAGGGGACACGCCCAUGGUGCCGGUGAGUGAGAUUUGGAGUGUGGGAGGGGGCAACGAUUGCAUAUGGGGAGGGGAUGAUGGUAGAGUCGGCUCAAAGGAGCAUGCAGGGGUGCUGCCAGGGGAAUGGGGAGGGGACACACCCAUGGUGCCGGUGAGCGCCAAAACCGGAGAGGGCGUGGAUCAGCUGCUGGAGACGAUUAUGCUGCUGGCCGAGAUUCAGGAGCUUCGAGCCAACCCGAGUAGACCGGCAGUGGGGACGGUGAUAGAAGCACGGCUGGAUCGGCACAGAGGGCCCAUGGCAACGCUGCUGGUGCAGAAUGGGACCCUGAAGCUGGGAGACGUGGUUGUCUGUGGGGAGGCGUAUGGGAAGGUUCGAGCCCUGGUGGAUGACAAGGGAAAGAAGGCCAAGGGAGCAACCCCCUCAGCAGCAGUGCAGGUGGAGGGGCUGUCCCGUGUGCCGGUGGCAGGAGACGAGUUCCACGUGCUGCCGUGCAUCGAUGCAGCCAGGGGCAUGGCGGAGGAAGCUGCUGAGAAGGCGCGAGUGGCUCGUGCUGCUGGUACAAAAAGGGGAGCAGGAGAGGAGAUGGAGGAGGAGGAGGAGGUGGAACUACACGUGGUGAAUGUGGUGCUGAAGGUGGACUGCCAGGGGUCUGUGGAGGCGAUCAGAGAGGCGCUGGGGGGUCUGCCCCAAGACACCGUGUCUCUGCGCUUCCUGCUGCAGGCCCCUGGUGACGUGUCAAGCAGUGACGUUGACCUGGCAGCGUCCAGCUCAGCGGUCGUGCUGGCGUUCAAUGUGGGCGUGUCGCCAGCUGUCGCGGCAGCGGCGGAGAUGAGGGGCGUGCGAGUGAGGUCUUACCGGGUGAUCUAUGAUGUGGUGGAGGAGGUUCGAGCGAUCAUGGAGGGGCUGCUCCAUACUGUAGAGCACAUGGUAAUCUACGGUGUGGUGGAGGAGGUUCGGGCAAUUAUGGAGGGGCUGCUUCACACCGUGGAGGUAUGUUACGCAUUCGUUAUUUCAUAUACAUAUUAUACAUGGAUAUACAAUGCAGCGGCGGAGAUGAGGGGCGUGCGAGUGAGGCAGCACCGGGUGAUGUACGAUGUGGUGGAGGAGGUUCGGGCAAUUAUGGAGGGGCUGCUUCAUACUCUAGAGGAGAGUUCGUUCCUUGGCCGGGCAGAAGUGCGGGCAGUUUUCGGCACGGGCAGCACGCGGGUGGCAGGAGUUAUGGUAACGGACGGGCGGCUGCAAAAGGGAUGCACCAUUGUAGUGAGGCGCGGUGGGGGAAGGGGUGGCGGUUUGAGGGGUGGGAGUGUUGGUGCGAUGGCUGCUGAACAAGAGAAAAGCAAGAACGUGAAGGGCAAGAGAGAGAAGGUGGGCGAAGCAUCUGGAAUAAAGCAGCAGCAGCAGCAGCAGCAGCAGCAACAGCAGCAGAAGUUGGAGGGUCGCUGGGUGCAUUCAGGGCUGGUGACGUCCCUUCGGCGGGUGAAGGAGCAUGUGGGGGAGGUGGUAUCUGGGCUGGAGUGCGGUGUGGGCGUGGAGGGCUUUAACGGGUGGCAGCAGGGUGACUAUAUCGAAGCCUAUGAGGUGACGCACAGGGCCCGGACGCUGGAGGAUGCGUCUGAAGAGAUAGCACGAGUGGUGGAAGGCAAAAGAGGGAGCUUGGGAAGGGAUUCGUUUUAG